GCCCGAGCCACGCGACCCGACGGCAGCAGCAUGCUCGCCACGAGAAUUCCUGCGUAUAGACAUUCUACGUAUAGACAGCCUCGCAUUAACAUCCCUCUGCUGGUCGUGCGUCAUAAAAAGUCUUUGUAUCGAUAAAGUUUUAUAUUUUGGUAUACGGUGUUUCCUUUCUUCCGGUGUGUUUUUGCAAGCCCACGACUUUUCUACAGCGACCAGUGACGACGAACAUUACAACAUACACAACACAGUUAUCCUAUGAUUGUAAAAACAAUUAACUCGUUGAACAAAGGUUUAUCAAAGAAAAUGCAAAACAUUGACGUUGAAUUUAACGGACAUACAUCGUCAAGAUUGGAAGUAGGUGCAGGAACAAUAAUGUCUCAACAACAAUUUCAAAAAUAUAUAGUAGAGCGAAUAGAAAAAAUAAUGGUUUUAUCUGAGCAGAACAAUGCUUGUAUAAGUCGACUUUUACAAACUAUGUCGACAUUCUUAAAUUCAACAUCAAAACGGGACGGAUUGCCGGAGCUACCGCUGAAAAAUUAUGAUGAUUUUAAAAAAUUGGAAGAAAUGUUAUCUGAAAAAACAGUAGAUGCUAAGGGUCGAGAAACACCCGCCUUUGCUUACACGUAUCUGGUACGGUUUAAAAUUAUAAUGUUACGGAAUAAGAGCCUUGUAACUGUACUCGUCUCCACACCUACGAAGAGAGCAGAGCGUGCAGUUGAGUGCAGCGCGAGUAUCGCGCUGGCGGCGUGGGUGUGACUGACAUGAAUUUCUGAACAAACCUGCGCACGCACGGUGAGCGGGGGCUGUUGUCAGUUGAGACGCGUUGUGACUCGGCGGGUGCUCGCUUGAAUACAAAAAUUCGUCGGUUUUGAGUCGUGUGUGCGGGUGUGUGUGCUGUUGGUCCUCUUUUUGUUUUCGUGAGAAGCGAUCGAGGUGGAUUUUCUUGUUAAUAACGACGUCGAAUUCGUAAGUUUGGUCGACCGGGAAGUUUCGGACAGUCGAGAGUUAAUCACGAAGGGAGACUCGUAGACGCCAUUGAGGCCCGAUUUGUAGCGGAGACGGCUAACAGACACUUCGAGUGUCGUACACGUUAAAGGGAGACUCGCGGACGCCCUCGUCGUCCGAUCUAGAAGAGCGAGAGGAGUUUAUUGUUUCUUUUUCAGAUCCAGAUCGGCAGUAAUUCAAUACCCAGGCCUUAAAUUUGUCAUCUCCUUUGGAUAGCCGGCCAUCUUUUCUUCCCCCUUUCCUCGACCGAAUCCUCAAUCCUCCCAUCCUGGCUAUGCUAACAAAAGAACGUGCGCGGGCAACGUAUCAACACAGCAGAACAGAUCGGAAAAUUCCCGAACAUUCUUGAACACACCAGCGGAACCUGUCGUAUGACGCGAAGCGUGAAUCUCUGAUCAAUAAUAACUAAAUCCUCUUUUAUUCUAUUUUGUAUUUGGUUCUUUUUCUUUCUUUUAGUUUCCUUGUUUGUUAUUUUUCAACGUAACUUAUCCUAACAUAUAAUCAUGUCUAUUUUUGUAAUUUCGAAACAAUUAAAUUUGACUAAUGUGUCAAUUAUAAUUUUUCAUAGAAAGGACGUCUUUCCACGAUUGGUGGUGCUGACCAAAGAGCCAGCGUAAUGAAUAUGUUAAAAUUCGUAAUCACAAACGAGUUAGCGAUGACAUAUAACUGGAAAGGACAGAAGAAAAGAAGUUUCGAAACCACGAAAUUACGUAAGUUAUCACAGGUAUAAAACAAUCUCUUCAAUGAAAUUGAAACACACAAGUUCAUAUAAUAACCCUGUUACAAACAAUUUAUCGCUUAUAAAUCAAUUUCUUCUAUCACAAUAAUCUUUUCACUAAAUUGCAACAUUGAUGUUUUGACAUUAAAUAUUGUUAAUAAAUUUUAUAAAUUUAAUAUUUUAUUUUAAAUUGUAAA